AUGAACUCCGUUCACAGCGAGGCGGCCGCUGCUGAGAAAGCGCGGCGCAAGAAGGACAAGAGGGAGAAGAGGAAGAAGCGCAAGGACGCCAAGGAGGACGACUGCGGCGCCGCGACGGCCGAGGAAGAAGCACCCAAAGAGAAGAAGCAGAAGCAGAGGAAGGACGAAGACGAGCGGGAGGGGGAGGAGAAGAAGAAGCCGAAGCCGACGCUGGCCGGCCAGAUCGCUCGCGCCGCCACCGUCUUCCGCAUAGACGAGGUCGUCGUCUUUGACAGUACUCCCGCGGCGGAGAAUGGCGGCGCGGGUGAUGGUGAAGAGAGUGGCGCGCGGUUCCUUGUUCGGAUUCUGGAGUAUCUGGAAACUCCACAGUACCUCCGCCGCCGCCUCUUCCCGAUGCACAAGAACCUGAAGUUUGUGGGAUUGCUUCCACCGCUCGAUGCGCCACACCAUGUGCGCAAGCAUGAAUGGUCUGAGUUUCGUGAAGGUGUAACAUUGGAAAGUGAUCCCUCAAAGGGGACUCUUGUUGAUGUCGGAUUAAGUAAGAAUGUUCUGGUUGAACAAACACUAGAACCAGGCAAAAGAGUAACUGUAGCCAUGGGAACAAACCGUGACCUAACAACAGCUUGCAUAAGGAAAGUUGUCCCCCCUUCCACACCCAGGGAACAGAUGGGAUCUUAUUGGGGCUACAAAGUUCGUUAUACUUCAAAUUUAAGUAGUGUUUUCAAAAAUUCUCCAUUCAAGGAAGAAUACGACCAUAUCAUUGGCACCUCAGAGCAUGGACAAAUAGUUAAUUCUUCUGAGCUUACCUUGCCUACUUUUAGGCACCUGCUCAUUGCAUUCGGUGGACUUGCUGGUUUGGAAGAAAGCAUUGAAGAAGAUACAAAUUUGAAGGGUAAACGUGCAGAUGAUGUAUUCACAUCUUAUUUGAAUACAUGCCCCAACCAAGGGAGCAGAACAAUAAGAACAGAGGUACCUGCCUCUUGUGCUGAGGAAGAGGCUCGGCGAGGAGAUGGAGGCGCUCCGCGGCAUCCUCAGGAAGGCCGAGCUCGUGGUGCGCAAGAAUAUCGACAAGGGCCGCGCGGCACCUCGCCGCGGCAAGGACGGGCGUUUCUUGGCCGCAGAAGCCCGAUCAGAGGCCAUGGACGAGAUCUCAGCUUGGUUACCCGACUGUCGUCGCUCUCGUCGAACAUGCCGACGCGCAUCCUCGAGUUCCUGAACAAGGAGUGCACGGGUCACACAAACGAAAAGGCUGAGGAGAUAGAGAUCGAUCUGGGAUCCAUGACGCGCUCCGCCAUGUUCGAGCUGCAGAAGUUGCUGGACGAGUUUGCUGAAGAAGAGAAGCGUCGGCAGCAGAAAGAGGAGUCGAUGAACGUCUGCAGAUCCAUUAGUCGCUCAUCUUCCCGUGAACUAGAGGAAGGUGAGUUCAUCGAAGAGGAUUGUAGUGCCACCACGGAUUGCGGCGAUGCUUCUCCUGUUGUGGCAUGUAAGGGCCUUUCUUCACCGCCACGAAUACUUGAAGACGGAAAGAUGACAGAGGAAGAGGACGCCAUAUGCGGCGACACUGGCCCUGUUGCAACCGCUGAGACCGCAAAAAGCCCAAGCAACAGCAGUUCGUCUGGAUCCUCCAGCAGCAGUGAUGGUUCAUCUGGAUCUUCUUGCGAUUCAUCAAAUUCAGACCACAGCGACUUAGACUCUGACAAUGAAUGCAUGACAAGCAAUGUGGCUCCUGCCGUUCUUCCCAUUCCCAAGGCCGACGCCUCUGCCAUAGCAAUGCCAACCAAGGGCCUUUGCUCACCGCCACGAAACGAUGACAGAGGAGGAGGAGAUUCUGACAGCAGCGACUCUGGCUCCGACGAUGAGUGUGUGACAAUCAAUCCGGCUCCUGAAGUUCUUCCCAAGACCGACGCCUCUCCCAUGGCAAUGCCACACAAGGUUCUCAGUCCCAUCGCUGAAGAGGAGUUUGCUGAAACUAGGAACUGCCGAAGAAGCAACAGUUCAUUACUUGAAGAUGGCGAGAUAGAAGAAGAGCACGGCACCUCCCCUGUGGCUGCAGAGAAGUUUGCUGAAACCGUCAACAGUACAGGAUCUGCCAAUGGCCAAUGCGUUAGAAGCAGCCUGCCUCGUACCGUCCGUCCGGAGCCAUCGAAGCCACAGCCAGCGGCACAAGGCACUGUUCGUCGUUUCUAUGCCAAAGGUUUUGAGAAGAAGCGCGAGAGGGCUGUGGCUGCACAAGGCACCGUUGGUCAUUUCUAUGCCAAGGCUUUUGAGAAGAAGCGCGAGAGGCAGAGAGCCUACGAAAAGCUGGAAGAGAUGGAGAGGAACGCGAAGGCGAAGCCCAUCUUCGACUGGAUACACCCGGGACACUUGAGGCAGCUAGGGAUCACCACCCCGGUGGAGUACGCUGUCACCUCGGAGCGGCGUUUUCCUGCUCGUCAUGGCUGCCCGGUGCAGAGUCUACUUGGGCUCUUCUUGAAAGCAUAG